AUGGCGUUGCUGUGGUUGGCACUUCUCUGGUUCCAUCAUGCCCAACAGAUUCUCUUUGCCAACAAGGUCUUCCAGAGCACCUUCUGGACCAACACUACUGAAGACUGGAUUCCAAGUCCCACUCCUACAUUCCUUCCAUCAUCAUUUUCUCCAUCUUCCCUUCCAACACCCUCUCCAUCUGCCUUUUCUUCAUCUCCUCCAUAUUCUUACCCUCCUCUUCAAAUUUCUACCCCUUCUCUUCCAUCCAUUUCUCCCACUUCUUCUUUUGCAACGUCCUCUUCUCCUGCCUCACUUUCUCCUCUCCCCCCCUCUGCAACCCCCUCUCCUGCUCCGGAUAAGCCAGAUGAAGAGGGCAGUAAAGCAGCUCUGCGCUUCCUACACUCAGGGGACCCACUACUUCUGUCUGAGGCCAACUGCUCAAGAAGGUUUGAGCUCCAUGACCUGCAAGGACCUCCACCAGACACUGUGCUUUCCCAUCUCAUGGGAUCACUGGACUGCCUCCUUCAUGCAGCAAACUUCCUUAACAUGAUGUUUCAGGCCAAUGAUAUGCGUGAGUCAAGUGUGAGAGAAGACAUGGAAUGGUAUCAUGCUCUGGUACGGAGUUUGGCAGGUGGGGAUCUCUACAUCCACCGUGCACUUCUCUCCUUCACCACACAUCCCAUGUCAUCCAAGCCGCAACUGCUUCUCCAGGCCACAAAGGAAGGCCAUGAGGUCCUUCUGAAAGACCUUUCCUCACUGCUCCACCAUAGGAGACGUGGAGUGGACUGGGGAUCCUGGGCCAGCUUCCAGGUCAAACCCCCUCUGAUCAAAGCCAUCCUAUUAAAUGACCUCCGGAGCUUAGAUACCCCAAAGUGGAGUCGUGGAGACAGUUAUAUGGUGAACUCCAGCCAUGUGCAAUGGUCUCAACCUUUUUUGGAAUGUGAGCAAGGACGUUUUGGUCAAGGAUGGAUGCUCUCUCUCUCUGCACCUUUCUAUGGUCUGAAACCUGACUUAAGCCCUGAGUUUAAAGGAACCUUGCGGGUGGAUGUGCGGCUAUUAAGCUUGGGGAUAGACCAAUGCUCCCAGGGACCUGGAUGGUUCUCUAACACCCACCGCUGUGAUGAAAACAGUACUCAGUGUCUACCGGAGGAGAGAGAAAGCUCGAUCUUGGGCAGGUACCGAUGCGUGUGCCGGCCUGGCUAUUACAGGAUACACCAUGAGGGUAACGUAAAUAUGUAUAUUUAUGAUCUCAUAGGUUCAGACAAUUUGUAUGUGGGGGCCACAACAUGUCAGCGCUGUAGUGAGGGUUGCACCACUUGUGUGGAUGGCACUCCAUGUCUGGUGAGGGAGGACUGGGCUCUACGUGUCACUGUGCUGUCUCUGCAAGCGGCAGGAAUGCUGGGGGUCUUCAUGAGCAUGCUUGUGUCUUACCACUUCCGAGAGAGCAAAAGAAUUCGUGCAUCAGGACUCAUUCUUCUAGAGACCAUCCUGUUUGGGUCUCUGCUGCUCUACUUUCCAGUGUUCAUCUUGUACUUUAAACCCAGUGUUUUCCGGUGCCUAGCUCUUCGUUGGGUCCGUCUUCUUGGAUUCAGCAUUGUAUAUGGAACAAUUGUAUUGAAGCUAUAUAGGGUAAUGAAAGUGUUUAUCUCACGUACUGCUCAGCGGGUCCCUUACAUGACCAGUGCACGUUUACUGCGUAUGUUGAGUGUUAUUCUGCUACUUUGCAUCUGGUUCCUAUCUGGAUGGACAUUAGGGACUUUGGAGAACCUACAAAGGGGUGUUCCUGUGGUCAUCCGCACACAGACACGAGAGGGACUAAUCUUCUAUACAUGUGACCAUGAUCGCUGGGACUACAUGAUGUCAUUAGCUGAGCUGCUCUUUCUAGCCUGGGGCAGCUUCCUGUGUUAUGGAGCUCGUGGUGUUCCUUCUGCCUUUCAUGAGCCUCGUUACAUGGGUCUUGCUGCUCACAAUGAGAUGCUGGUAUCAGCUGCCUUCCACGUGCUCAGGUUUCUCAUGGUCCCGUCUCUGCACCCUGAUUGGACACUGCUUCUGUUUUUCAUCCACACCCAUGGAACAGUUACCAUGACACUUACACUACUUUUUAUACCUAAGUUCCUGCAUGCAGGUGGCCCCCCAAGAGAGGAGAUAGCAGCUGAGGUAUAUGAGGAUGAGAUGGACCUGAGACGCUCACGAUCCAAUCUGAAUAGCAGCAUAACAUCAGCAUGGAGUGAGCACAGUCUAGAUCCUGAUGAUAUUCGGGAGGAGUUGAAAAAGCUUUAUGCACAGCUUGAGGUUCACAAGACAAAAAAAAUGACUAUCAACAAUCCUCACCUUCAGAAGAAGCGUAGCUCCCGCCGGGGACUAGGCCGUUCCAUUAUGCGGCGUAUCACUGAAAUACCAGAUUCUGUUACACGGCAAUGUGGACGUGAGGAGCGUGAAGGUUCCCCAAGCUCUAGUGGAAGCCAAAGACGCAGGCAAGAUAGUGGAAGUGUAAAGCUAAGAGAGGAAUCCCUGCGGCAGAGGGUUCUCUCCCUGCGUAAAUCACAAAGCACAUAUGAUCAAAUGCAGGAGGCCAGGGAUGCUGGGAGUGCCUCACCUAGGCUGGAAAGUUCAGCUCGGGAUGCAGCCCUGCGGGACUCCCUCAUGAGGCAGAACCUUACCAGGAAUGUGUCUUUGAGAUCUCGUGGGGACUCUCUGCGCCAGGCUCCACUGGUUUGCAAAUCUCUGAGUGCUCACAAUCUAUUGGCAGACAAGAAGCCACUGAACAUGCAUGCUGGAGCCCUGCAGAAAUCCCACAGCAUGUUGGGUAGUUCCCGUGGUAGGGGCCCACUUAUAGGCCCAGCUGAUACUCCUUCAGAAAGGGCCAUGGAAGGUAGCCGUAAUCCUCUACUAGGUGGCAGCUUUGACAAAGCAGAGGUGUGUCCAUGGGAGUUGCAGGAUCUACCCUCUUCAACAGAGAGUAGAACACAGAAGCAUGUGACCUAUGCACCUGGAAAAUGUAGUAGCAUGGAUACCUCACAUGAUUCAGGAAAGCCACAUGUUUCACAUGGGAAGAAGGGUGAGCCAGUAGGAAAGCAUCAAAGUCUAGGAAGCAGUGAGGAGGCAAGAAGUACAUAUGAGGGAAGAAUGGGAUGGUCUUUUGGGGGAAAACAGCAGAAUGGUGGGGAUCCUUCCCCUAUAAGAGUGAGAGCAGGGACUGCUCAAAAUGUACUAGAAUCGAAAGUCAGAGAAUCCUGCUCUGAAGAAACAGCAGUAAAUGUCACAGAGUCAUUGGAGACUACACAACCACUCCACAAAAGCACAUUAAAAAGUUUGGUAUUAGCAGUUAGAGCUUUUAAAGGGAAAGCUGCAGGGAGAGAACAGAAAGAGGCAGAAAAACAUGAUGUAGAGGUAGAAGAGGCUUCUGAGAAGCAUCACAUGGAAGAUAUUUGCCCUUGGGAGAUAGAAACCAGCCUUCCUGAAGGUAUGAGGCAGAAGUCACAAUCUCAAGAUCAUGCAUCUAUUAAGAGACUGAAGAACAUCUCUCCUCAACAUGAGGGACAGGUGAUUGCACCAAAAAGUCAGGAAGCCCUGCCUUCUCCUUUGGAAACUAGUAAGAAAACCCCCUCAUUAAGCAAGCUAGAGAGGCUAAGUCAGUUAAGGGAAGCAAUUUGUCCUUGGGAGAGCAUAGACGGACAAAGGGAGGCUCCACAGAAAUCAGACAGUGUGGAAAGCAAGAGGAGUGAGAUUUGUCCUUGGGAAAGCACAGACAGUGAGGGCCCAGGUGGCCCUUUAAGCCUGUCAGGGAGCAACCUGUCCUUUCACAGUUUACCAACUGAGAAAGUAAGUGAUCAUAAAGAUGUAAUAUGCAAGGAUAAACCAAAGGGCUUAAGAGCAGAAAUUUGUCCAUGGGAAGUGAAGGAAGGUGGUGGCUCAAUCUCAGAGAUCUGCCCAUGGGAAAGAGAGGAGACUGAUAGCCUUACAAAGAUCUCUGCCUUGGAAAAAAAGAAGGUGGAGUCUUUAAAAGAAGAGAUUUGCCCAUGGGAGUCCACUAAAGAGGAAGAGGUAAAUUCAGUAGGAUUAAGUGGUCGAAACUUAUCUAAGAAGCUGGAAGAACUUGGGCGCCAGAGAGAUGCAGUAUGCCCCUGGGAAAGUGAAGAAUCAGGUGGAUGUUCCCCAGGACCCCUUAGCCAAUCUCAGAGCAAAACCUUUGAUGGGGGCCCUGUCCCUUCCAAGACAUCAGACAGCCUAGAUCUGGAAGUCCGUAGAGGGGAAAUCUGCCCAUGGGAGAGUCUAGACUCUGAGGGGACCCCAGCAAUUCUGAGCCAGUCCCAAAGCCACAGUUGGGAAUCUGAAAACAAGGGUCUGGGGGUUACAGGCACCUGUCACCUGCCACAAGUCUGUGGUAAAGCUUCACGGGAUCAGAUCCACAAGUCACAGAGUAAGCAGGAGUCACUCCAAAGUUUGUCAAGUGAUGACCACCAGCCGCUGUCCAAGAUUCUUAGUAAAAGUGAGGGGGAUAUGUGUGAACUACACACUUCAGUUGCCCCUACACAACCAGGUAGACGGUGGCAUCACUCUAUGCGGGAGCCAAGCAGGGUGUAUGGUGGGGAGGAAUGUAUCAAUCUAACACCAAAAGAAGAAACAAGUACAGAGAAUGUUACAGCCAUAGGUGGUUCAAGCCCUUGUAAAAAUGAAGAUAUCUGCCCCUGGGAGGUGCAAAAGGGGUUAAUGGAGGGAAAUAACCAGUCAUCAACCAAAAGUGCAGAAAUCUGUCCAUGGGACUUUCAGUAA